AUUUUUUAAAAUGCAUAUGGUUUUAAAUAAAAGUUUUAUCUCAAACUGAUCAGAAUAGCACAAUAUUUUGCAAAUUAAAGAAGUUCAGAACCUUCAAAUAUUUUCCUUACCACCACGGAUCUAGCCCAAUAUCGAUAAAAUAUUUAAAAACCGGAAAACGUUUAAAGUAUUCACAAGAUGCAAGAACAAGAAUCUUCAACUACUUCGACCAACCAUCACAGCUGUUAUACUUCGAAUUUAUGUGAAAAACUCCUCACAUUCGGUGAAAAAGGACAAUUUUCAGAUAUUUGCAUCAUUUCUUCGGAUAAUGUUAAAUUCCAUUUACACAAAUGUGUCUUGUCAGCAGCAAGUAAUUAUUUCAUGAAUAUGUUUAGCAACAACAUAAACAAAUCACCAUAUACCGUAGUUAAAAUCCAUAAGGUGAACGGAAAAAUCCUAAAACGCAUACUAACUUUCUUUUACACUGGACAAAUCGAACUUGAAAACGACACGGCAGAUAUUUUAAGAGCAGUAUCAGUUUUCGAAAUUCAAGCACUUCUCAUGGACUGUCUGAACAAAUUAAUGACUAAAAAACUAGACACCAAAAAUUUUUUGGACAUUGUUAUGAUUGCUAAUCAAUACGGUCUGGGGGUACUCUCUGAGAAAGUCUCCAAGUUUGCAGGUUUGAAUUUCGACCAAAUCUCCAAGGAAGAGGACUUUCUUAAGAUCGAUGAAAAUCUUUUAAGUGCAAUUAUAUCACGUGAAGAUCUUUGUGUUAGCUCGGAAGAAAAUGUUUAUUUCAGCCUGGUCAAAUGGAUCAACCACGACAAACUGAAUCGAGAACAAUAUGCUUACGAGUUAUUCUCCAAAGUUCGUUAUUGGCUGUUAAGUUUGGAUUUUAUUAAGGAACACAGAUCAAAGAUGCCUAAGCAAGUGGAAUGUGUGGAAUUGGUUUGCACUUGGCUUGAAUGGUAUUCAUCACCCCGUGGACUGAUGCACAACUACAUUCGUGCUGGCAAAGAGAAGUUCUUAAUCUUUUUUGGAUAUUUCAAAAGAUUUUUAAAAAUUGUUACCAUUUUACUAUGUUUGAUGAUCGUAAUACUAGAAAUAAAUUUUCGUAGACAAAAAAAUCUGAAUCUCUACAAAAUGCAAGGACAACAAUCUUCAUCUUCAUCAAUCUUUCAAUCAAGCAAUUUUGCUUCGAAAUUAUGUGAAAAACUUCUGGCAUCCAGCGAAGAAGGGCAAUUUUCGGAUAUUUGUCUAAUUUCUUCUGAUGAUGUGAGAUUUAAUGGCCACAAAUGUGUCCUUACAGCUUUCAGUGAAUAUUUCAAAGUAAUGUUUGGAGGUGCUCUAAAAGAGGCAUCAUCUCGUGAAGUUAAAAUACACGAAGUUAAUGGAAAAGUCUUGAAACCUAUACUCACUUUUCUGUACACUGGUCAAAUCGAACUUCAAAGUGACACGAUUGAAGACAUUUUAAGUGCUGCCAACUUUUUCCAAAUUCAAUUACUCAUUCAAGAGUGUUAUAAUUUCAUGGGCGAAAAGUUAGACUCCAAGAACUGUUUAGGCAUUACAAUGUUUGCUGAUCAACAUGGUUUGGUUGAACUUUUCCAAAAAGCUUCCAAGUUCGCAAGUGCUCGUUUCGAAACAAUUUGCAACGAUCAGGACUUUCUCAAGCUCGAUGAAAACCAAUUAAGUGCAAUUAUUUCAAGUGAAGAACUUUGUGUCAGCUCGGAAGAAAAAGUCUAUUUCAAUCUAAUCAAAUGGCUGCAACAUGACAGACCGAACCGAGAAAAGAUAGCCUUCAAAUUGUUCUCGAAAGUUCGUUACUGGCUAUUGAGUUUGGACUUUAUCAAAAAACAUCGAUCCAAGUUGCCUAAUCAAGUUGAAUGCUUGGAAUUGGUUUGCACAUGGCUUGAAUGGCAUUCAUCACCCGAAGGACUGAGGACAAUAAAGUCUAUGGAAUAUUCCAAACCUAACAAACCACAUGGACUUCUUUUGAUCGGUGGCGGAGGAAUACAAACUUAUGAUGCAGAAUUGAACAUUUGGACUUUUGAGUCUUUAUCAAAUCUGCCAUAUCGAUUUGAUAAGGUUGUUGCUCUUAAAAACAAGCUUAUUUUUUCAUGGCUUGAAAAACCUUUAACUUGCUUUAAUCUUCAAACAAAACAAGUUACAAAUCUACCAAGGAUGAACAUACAACGUCGUAGUUAUGGAUUGGCAGUGUUAAACGAUGAAUUGUAUGUGAUUGGCGGUCAGAAAUAUCUAUCGCCUUGGAAACGUGUUGUUGAAAAAUAUAACUAUUCAACUGGUAAAUGGCAGGAUGUUGCUCCAAUGAAUACAAUAUUUUCAUCACCCAAAGUAGCUGUUGCCAAUGGACAAUUGUAUGUUGUUGGUGAUAGAUCACCCACUAUGGAAUGCCUAAAUCCGGCCACUAACGAAUGGACUUCAAAGCCUAUUGCUGAAUUGCCAAAAUCGGCAUUUGGAUUUGCCGAAGUUGGUGGAAAUUUGUACAAAAUUGGAGGAGCACAAUACAGUGAGACAAGAUAUGGAAAAGAUACAUAUUUUAAGAGCGUUCAGAGUUUCGAUCCGUUUAGUAGUACCUGGACACAGAAGGGACAAAUGAAAAUAGCUUUAGCUGAUCCACAUUGUAUAAGUUGGAAUAAUCGAUUGAUUACUUGUGGGGGUCGUGAUGAAACCGGUACGAGUCUGAAUUUGGUACAAGAAUAUAAUCCGAAUACUAAUGAAUGGAGAUCAUUGGCUCAAUUGAUUGAAUAUAUGCCUUCAAAUGAAUAUGGUCUUGUUGCAUUUAAUUAAACAACAAUAAGAAUUAAUAUUAAAUAAAAUUUUGUAUUUUAGAAAA